AUGGCUACCGUCAAGAAGGGAAAGAAGGUAAAGAAGGGCUCUGCGGCACCUAGUACUCCGCUCGACGCCCCCGACAUGUACAUUCGCGACAGUCGACUCCGCCGGCGUCUGCCUAGUAACGCUACUAGGGAGCAGGUCUCGCAACACACGAUGCGCCACAGCAUCGCUACGGGGACGUUCGAAGACGUCAAAUUCUUCCUCUUCUCGCGCCGCAAGCGUUCGGGCAUCGUCUACGCCCCUCGCCCGCUGUUCGCGAAUAGCGCGCUGGUUUGCAAGGCGUCGGCGCACUUCGAUUUCGUGUUCGCCGCGAGGUUUGUGGAGAGCGAGAUGUCGCUUCGGGCGCUUUCGGGCGACAACCGACAGGCCGCGUCUCAUCAUGCGGUGCCCCUUCCUGCUGUUGUCACGGACGACCUAGAGGCUUCAAGUUCUCCGGUGGGCACGUUGACUGUGUUUACUGGGGAGGAGAAACACAACCAGGCGCAAGUGAAGGCGGACGAAGAUACGCUCGAGGAUCGUUUCAUCCAACCCUUAAGCGGUGAGGGCGCCGCAGAUUCAGCGGUUCAGAUAUGCCGGAGGCCCGGACGCGUGGUGAUGAUUGAAGACAUCGCCCAUCGAACAUGGGAGGCAUUCAUCUACUAUGCCUACUUCGAGCAGGUGUCAUUUGCGCCGCUCGGAUCUCAGAAUCUGGCUCGUGUCCCUACCAAGCCCUACCAAGCCCCUCAGUGCUCGCCGAAGUCCAUGUUCCGCCUCGCGGAGAAGUAUGGCGUAGAGAAGCUCAAGCAGCUCGCCGCGGCGGACUUGCAAACUAAAAUGAUCGCCCACAACAUAUUCGUCGAGCUCUUCUCUUCGUUCACGAUGACAUACCCUGGUGUCCUGGAUGCCGAACUUCAGUACCUCCGCGACCACAUCGCUGAGGAGGCGGUGUACCGGCAGAUCCCGACAUGGGUUCAAGCUUUGGAGGACGGGACAUUACCUCACGGAGCUACAGCCGUAUUAUCGAGGGUGCUCAAAGGGCUCGCCACCGGCGCCGCUCGUUACGGCCAGCAAUGGUGA